AUGAGUGGAUGUCUUCUUAAAUCUAUAUCUUCAGUAUCAAUGUGCCCUGUGAUCCUUCUAGUAUAUUUAUGUUCCUUAAUCCUCAUGGUUGUAUGUAAGGCUCUGUGGUGUUGUCUCCGCUCGUCGUGGGCGGCUCCCCUGAGCGCGGCGGCCGCUCACAACGCGGGCCUGGUGCUGCUCGCGAGCCGCCGCCCAGCAUCAGCCUUCUGCCGCCUCGCCGCAGCCGCCGCCCUCAACCCUCACGACGCUUACACAGUUCUACUGAUAGCGUUGUCGCUGGAGCGUGUGGGGGACAGUCGCGCGGACGCGGCGUUUGAUCGCGCGUGUGAACUGGGCGGGCGAGACGCGCUCGUGAGGAUCAACUGCGGCGGGCGACACGCGCGGCUCGGACGCCUGGAACACGCCGCGAGGGAAGCUGGUAUUGUGGCAAGGAUAUUAGAAGAACAACCGGACGCUCAUUUGGCGAGUUCACUGGCCACGUUAAUGGCACUACUUACUGAAGCAGGAAUUACUAUACAAGUGACGGAACCAGAUGAGACAUACACAGCCAAAGAGGAACUGGCUUCAGACGAAGUUUAA